CGUUCUCCUGGGAAAGUUCUGCACACCUGGACGUUUGGAAGCAUUUUGGUCUCUAUUGGAAGUUUUGGGAAGUAGACUGUGUGAUACUUGCCCUUGAGGAGAAUGUAAGUGACCACGGAGAAGAGACGCCCUGCCUGCCUCCAGAUGUUCCAUGUGCGGUGCACGGCGCUUCUGCAGGGAGGGAAUGGGACUGGGACAGAGCUCCGGAGAAGCGGGGAGACCAUGCGCGGUGCCGUAAUGGACCGGUCAACAUAACGGUGCAUACUUCUGGAUCUAGAGCAAAGCAAGAAUCAAACUCCGCAUCUAAUGGAUUGGGAGAAAAUGAGGACGUUGGAUGUGUUGAAGAUACUCGUGCUUAUGACUGCUGCGUACAGCGUGACUGCAGAGCCACUACACGUUUAUGACACAGUGGUGGACCUGUUGGGAGCUCUGAACCUGUCACAGCCCAUCAGUGGGGUGUCCUGGAUGCAGACCACCACUGGAAUAUGGUACAAACUUCGCAGCAGAGCUCCACACCUCACCCUCCCUUCAGAAUACUCCCAGUACAUAAGCUCCAAUGUCAGAAACAGCCUGGGUGUGCUUAUAAAAGGUGUGCAAACCUCCAACUCUCCUGCCACCCUGUUCUCUCUCUCUUCUGCAUCCUCUCCCAUUCUGCAAGUCACAUCCUCCUCUAAAAGUCUGAAUGUGGAGUACCGGUCUUCAGGAGCAGUGCAGAGGCUCUCCACCUUGGCGUUCCCCAGGAGAAACCCCUUCACUGAUCAGGAUCUGGUUAGGCUGGCUAUAAGUGUGCAGCCGGAGAGGGUCACCUUCUAUGUAGAAUGUGAGCAAGCAGUGGUUGUACCAAUAACAAAUGAGGACAGAAUCAACCUGACGUUACCUGGAGACAUCCUCGUCACUGUGGGCAGCACGCCUGGAAGGAAACACAGCAAAUUCACUGGUUUUCUACUAGCUGCAGAACUCUCUGUGAAGGCUUAUGAGAAGAGAGAAUGGGACUGUGACAGCACCGAUUCUGAUAAUGCUGAUCAGGUGAAGUCAAUCAAUACGACCACUAGCCAGCAGAAUGCUUCUUCCAGCAAACCACAGAGAAAACCAAAAACCACUAAGGAUGUCCAGAAUGAGCAGCAACACAGAGGGGUGCUGCUGGGGCCUCCAUCACCUCCACAGAGCACAAAGACUGGUACAAGCCACGGAGAAGACAUAGACAGGCUCGAGACGCUGGAACUGAGGCUGAACCAGCUUACUCAAAUGGUGGACAUGAUAAAAGAUCAGAAUGCUGAGCUGCAGACACGUGUGCAGUACCUGGAGGGCUGUGAAUGUGUGAGGCAGAGGCAGAGGUGUGUCUGGGAGGGCAGGGAGGUUGAGGAGGGACAGCGCUGGUACACAGACAUCCACACCCUCUGCAUCUGUACUGCCGGCACGGUCAGGUGUCAGGCCAACACCAAAGGUUGUCUGGAUCUGGAUGGAACCAUUCACAAUGUGUCCUUCUCCACCACAGUCGAGGGCUGCCAAACCUGCACGUGUAAGGGAGGUAACGGAGAGUGUACUCCCCUGCCCUGUCCUCCUCUGGACUGUACUCACACAGAGACUGUCCCUGGAGAAUGCUGCCAGAAAUGCAGAGGCUGUGUCCAUGAUGGAAGCCACUAUGAUCACAAUGCUAAGUGGAGAUCUGCGGACAACUGUGAAGUGUGCCACUGUUUGGAGGGCCAUGUUCACUGUGAGAAAGAGCAAUGCCACAUUCCAUGUAAAAAUCCAGCCGCUCCUCCAACAAAUAGCUGCUGCCCAGUUUGCCAAGCUUGUGGUGUGAAUGGCCACACCUUCCCCAAUGGUGCUUUGAUUCCUACUGGUGAUAGAUGCCAGGAAUGUACUUGUCUGAAUGGAGACGUGCGGUGCUCCCCUGUCCCCUGCCCCGCACUGUCGUGUCCCAGCCUGGUGCAUCGAGUGGGGGACUGCUGCCCGAGCUGUGAUCUGUGUGAGCAUGAGGCCCAGCUGUACACAGAAGGACAGACUUUCAGCUCUACCAGAGACCCCUGCCUCCGGUGCCACUGCUCUGCAGGGCAGGUGUCUUGUGAGCACAUGGCCUCCUCGUGCCCCCCUCUUCGCUGCAGCCAUCCUGCACGGUCAGCUGGAGAGUGCUGUCCCUCGUGUAAGGAAUGUGAGUAUGAGAGAAGAGUGUAUGCCAACGGCAACGUGUUCACCCCAGCUGGCAGUGGGCCCUGUCUGCACUGCACCUGUAAGAAUGGAAAUGUCAUCUGUCGUCAAGAGAAGUGCCCUCCACUGUCAUGCUCUAAUCCCAUCAUUGACCCACAACACUGCUGCCCCAUCUGCAAAGUGUGUGUUCUGGAGGGAGUGGAGUUUGAGGAGGGGUCCGAGUGGCGUCUUGAGGGUGACUGCUCCUCCUGUACUUGUGUGAAUGGAGAAACCCGCUGCACCCACACCCGCUGCCCACCCACCGACUGCCUCCAUCCCACAAAGAUUACGGGCACCUGUUGUCCUGUGUGCGACAGUUGCACUUAUAACCAUCGUAUCUAUAGCAACGGGCAAAGGUUUACAAGCCCGGAGCAGACCUGCCAUAUGUGCACUUGUCUGCGUGGAACCGUGGAGUGUGCAAGGAGAAUCUGUCCUCCAGUCACCUGCACUAACCCAUCCACUCCACCAGGGGAGUGUUGCCCAAAGUGUCCAGACUGCUCCUUUGAGAACCGCGUGUUUGUGGAUGGAGAAGCCUUCCCAAACCCAGUGAACAUGUGCGAGGAGUGUAAAUGUGACAGUGGUCGAACAGACUGCUACAGAAGUGAAUGUCCGGCUCCUCAGUGCAAUGCGCCUGUGCCUGGAGAGUGCUGCAACAACAACUGCAAUGGAUGUAGCUAUGCUGGGAAGGAGUAUCCCAAUGGUCAGGAGUUUCCCCAUCCCACAGACAAGUGUCGCUCUUGCACCUGCACUAAUGGAAAUGUGCAAUGUCUGAAGAAGAGAUGUCCCCCACUGUCAUGCUCCAACCCUAGUCUUCAUCCUGGAGACUGCUGCCCCAAGUGUCCAACUCCUCCUUCUGACUGCACAUACGAACACCGCCCAUACCGACACUCUGAGCGCUUCUACCACCCGAUAGACAGCUGUCAGUCAUGCGUGUGCACCAAUGGGACUGUCCAGUGUCAGCGUAGACCCUGCUCCUUUACCUCCUGCUCUCAUCCAAUCACACAAGACUGCUGCCGGAGUUGUGAAGGUUGUCUGUUUAAUGGAGUAGAGCGAGUGAAUGGUGCGACUUGGGAGGACCCCUCUGACCCCUGUGUCGAGUGCUUGUGUCGUCAUGGCGAUGUGCUCUGUGAGAAGAAGCGCUGUCCUCCGUCCAACUGUGAACACCCCGUUCAGAGAGGCUGUUGCAUGUCCUGUGAUGGAUGCAUGUACAAGGGAAAAGAGUACCCUGACAGUUUUGAAUUUCCUGAGAACAAUGACCCCUGCAGCGUGUGUCACUGCUAUAGAGGAGAGGUUGUCUGCACCAAAAUCCCCUGUUAUGAAGAAUGCAGCCACCCACACAAAGCCCCAGGACAGUGCUGCGCAGCAUGUGAUCGUUGCUCCUAUAAUGGUGCUGUGCUGAGUAACGGUCAGACCAUUCCAGAUAAAGAGAACCCCUGCUCCCAGUGCACCUGUCAGAGUGGGUCAGUGCGAUGUGAAAGGAAAGCUUGUCCUCCUGCAUACUGCCCUCAUCCUGCUCCUGACCCAUGUGGAUGCCCUGUGUGUGAUGGGUGCCUGUACCAUGGGGUGUCCUAUGUUGAUGGCCAGACUGUGACCCCAGUAAAUGGAGGCUGCCAGGAGUGCACAUGCAGGAGAGGGGAGGUAGUGUGCGCUGAGAGGAGGUGCCCUGCUGUGUCCUGCCCUCACCCUGCUCUGGACUCCUGUGGCUGUGGGGAGUGUGAGGGCUGUAACUACUAUGGACGUGACUGUUACAGUGGAGAGCGCUUUCCACAUCCCACUGACCACUGCCAGCUCUGCUCCUGUCUGAUUGGUGCAGUGGCCUGUGCCCAUGUGCCCUGUCCCACUGUGAGCUGCAGGCGUCCAGUGACCCCUCCAGGAGAGUGCUGUUCCAUCUGUACAGGAGACUGUGUGCAUGAGGCCAGAGAAUACCUCCACGGCUCCCAGUUCAGCCCCUCCUCUGACCCCUGCUCCAUCUGCUCUUGUCUGAAUGAGGUGGUGAGCUGUGAGAAGAGGCCAUGCCCUGUCCAGUGCUCCCACCCUGUGCCCUCGGACAGCUGCUGCCCUGUAUGUGAGUCUUGCCUGUAUGAGGGAGGAGUCCAUCCUCACGGGAGCACCUUCACCCCCUCUGAGCCCUGUCAGCGCUGCACCUGUGUCAGGGGCUCCGUUACCUGUAUGCCCCUUCUCUGUCCCAAACCAGCCUGCUCCAAACCAGUCACUAAACCGGGACAGUGCUGCCCAGCAUGCCCAGUUUGUGUAUCAGAGCAGCAGAAGUACAGAGAAGGACAGACAUGGACUCCCCGCUCAAACCCCUGCUCCAGCUGCAGCUGCACAGCAGGUCAGGUUCACUGUAUGUCUCCUGAGUGUCCUAAACUGCCCUGUGUGCACCAGGUGACCGACCCGGGAUCCUGCUGCCCCCGCUGCAGAGGCUGUAUGUACGAAGGCGAGGAGCACAGUGAGGGCAGCAGCUGGUUUGCAGACUCUUCUCCUUGUGUGACCUGCAUGUGUGUGGAUGGGGUCACCACCUGCUCUGAGGUCCGCUGCAUCUCCCCCUGUAAUAACUUCAUCAGUAUGCCUGGAGAGUGCUGCCCUGUCUGCGCAGACUGUAUAUUUGAGGGAAAAGUCUAUGGUCCUGGGGAGAGCUUCCACCCGGCAGACGACCCCUGUCAGAUCUGCAGUUGUGAGGUGAUGCCGGAUGGAGAACAACAUUUGCGGUGUUACAGAAAGCAGUGUCCCAGCCUGGUGGACUGUCCCAAGACCAACAUCCUCUUCUCUGGUCCAGACUCCUGCUGCCCCGUCUGUGCACAGCCUCUUAGUAACUGUACUUCGGCUCUGAUUGGGAAUGAAGUUUUGGCCACAGAUGACCCCUGCUUUACCUGCCAGUGCCAGGACCUAACAUGGACGUGCUUACACCAGUUCUGCCCCUCUCUCACCUGCCCUCCCUCUGAGCAGGUCACUCCCCCAGACUCCUGCUGCCCUGUGUGUAAAGACUGUGUGAUCGAAGGCCAGGACAAACGAGUGACCAACGGCAGCAGCUGGACUGACAGUGAUGACGACUGUGUAACCUGCACCUGUAAUUUGGGUUUUAUAGAAUGCAGCAUUGAAGAGUGUGUAUCGGUCAUUUGCCCGGGAGGUCAAAAACCAGUCAAGAUUCCAGGAAAAUGCUGUCAUGUCUGUCAAGUCUCUGCAGUACCAUGUGUGUACCAGGGGGAGGAGUACCAGUGGAGCGAGCGCUGGCCCGUGGAUGAGUGCACCAUCUGUACCUGUGUGUUUGGAGAGGUUCACUGCCACACGGAGCGCUGCCCUCCCCUCACCUGUGCCACCGACGAGAUGCCCGUGGUGGUGCCUGGACUGUGCUGUCCUCACUGCAUUCCUAGACCGGCCACAUGCAUUGCCUUCGGAGACCCACACUACCGUACCUUUGAUGGGCGCAUGCUGCACUUCCAGGGAGCAUGCACAUAUGUACUGGCACAGGACUGUGAGGGGGGAGACUUUAGUAUCCAUGCCACAAAUGAUGACCGUGGGCGUAAGGGCGUGUCCUGGACCAAAGAGGUGACUGUGUUCAUCGGGAACGUGUCAGUACAGCUGCUGCAGGACUGGGCUGUCAAAGUGAAUGAUGAGCCCAUCAGUCUUCCAUUUCUUCUUGAGCCUUACAUCUACAUAGAACGCCAAACCAACACCAUCUUACUAAAUACAAACAUUGGUCUAAAGGUGCUGUGGAGUGGGCGCUCACAUUUGGAAGUGAGUGUCCCAGGGACAUACAAGAGCCGGACGUGUGGUCUUUGUGGAAACUUUAAUAAUUAUUAUCAAGACGACCUGAAGAUGCCCAGUGGGAAGAUAAGCCCGUCAGAGUCCGAAUUUGGAAACAGCUGGAGAGUGACUAAAGGUGUCCAUGCCCGGGCGUCGUGCAGACCAGGGGAGGAUGUGGACCCGUGUAAAGACGCAGGUUUCCAGGCUAAGAAGUCGGCUAACACACGCUGUAAGGUGUUGAAGUCGUCUGUGUUUAAGGCGUGUCACCGUGUGGUACCUCCGGAGCCCUGGUAUGGGGCCUGUGUAUAUGACCUGUGUGCCUGUGGGGCCAAUGCUGACGAGUGCCUAUGCGACACUCUGGAGGCCUAUGCCAGCCAGUGCAGAGAGGCCGGGGUGGUGCUGCAGUGGAGGAGCCCCUCACUCUGUGCUGUGGGCUGUCCUAUGGAGAGGGGCUUCGUGUUCGAUGAGUGCGGCCCUCUGUGUCCAGUCACCUGCUUUAACAAAGAUGUGCCACUGGGGGUGAUAGAGAACCACUGCUUCAAACCCUGUGUCCCCGGGUGCCAGUGUCCCGCUGGGCUGGUCCUGCACAACAACUACUGCAUACAGCCAGACAAGUGUCCCAAGAUCAUCCAUGAGAAGGACAAUAAGCAGACACUGACUUCAGGGAACUGACUUUUCAUAGGUUUCAGCUUUCUCUGGUACACAACAUUUU